CAAAAACCCUUGAAAAAGCCCUAAAAUCACAACAAAGGCAAAAAAAUGCCCGGCCUUCCAACACCGCCCACCGGCGAUUCCUCCGCCGCUGAAAUCAUUCCUUAUUCCCCAAACACAGACACCACUCCUACACUCUACACUCUCCACCACGGCUUCACAACCCCCCCUCGCAUCUCCAUCUCAUGGUCCCACGGUAACUCCCUCCGACUUUCUCUCUUCCGCUCACCAGAAAACCCGAAUAAUGAUAAUAAUGAUAAUAAUACUGAUGAAGAAGAAGUUGAAGUUGGCGGAAAAGUAGUUGAGUUGAAACUAACAGGUGAAGAAGAUUAUAAUAAAAAUAAUGGCGAGGAUAGUGCACGGUGGUGGCGUAAGAUUGUUUAUGGAUCGGUUUCUCCGUUUGCGCAUUUGCAGAACAAGAAGAAUGCCAUGGCGGCGUUAUCCGAUUUACGACAUUCCGUUCCCUAUGACGGAGAGUGGUCAAAGUAUGUUCUCGAGUAUAGCAAAGAAAUAAAUUCUCUUUUAGGGAACAGGAAAUCUAGUACUACAUCGUUAAUUGAAGAUCCAAAGACAGUAUUACAGAAUGUUGAGGAGCCAAGCGCUUUGAAAGCUGCAUGGGAGUUGCUGCAAAUAUUUUAUGCUGAUAAACAAUCUCAGCCUUGGAUCCUUGAACAGCUUGUUGAUUGGUUAUCCAAUUAUGAUAGUCUAUUCUCGGGACAAAUGCCAAGUGUUCAUUUAAGACUGGCGGAGUUUCAAGCAGACCUUCUCAAUAUACAGGCAGUUGAAAAUGAGCCUGCAUAUUGGCAAGCAAUUUCUUCAGCACUUGCAGUUGGCUGGCUAGACAUUGUGGUUAAGCUAUUGCGUUUACAUGGAUCUUAUCAGCUUAAUCAACUAGGGACUCGUGAGACAGAGAACGGACUUGUAGAAGCAGUUGCAGUUUUAGUCUCAAAAAUGCCACGCAUCCGUGCGGAUUUACCAGAUGGGAAGUUAGGUGAAUGCUAUUAUAACAAGUCUGAUUUUAUGAGGGCAUGGGAGAAAUGGCGAGUACAAAUAACCAAGCUGGACUGCAGUGCAUUCUGGCUUCAAUGCAAUCACCAUCAAACUAAAGUAAAUUUAAAGAGUUUGCUUCAAAUCUUGUUGGGAAACCCCAGUAUUCUCUCUAGUGCCACUUAUCAUUGGGUAGAGCUAUAUAUUGCCCACUUUCUAUACAUCAGACCCUUCACUUCGGGAUUUGAAAGCAUGAAUGCCUUAGCUCAAAAAUGCAUCCAGUUAAAACCUACGACUAAUCCCCAUAAGCUAAUGAGACUGCUAAUUGGUAUUCUGGGAGAAAACACAGAGGUUGUAUUGGCUGAGUGCUCAAGAUCAUUUGGUCCCUGGAUGAUUGCACAUGCUACAGAGUUGGUAACAGCGGGGAGUAUUGAGGCAGAAAUUCUUAUAAAAGAAGAACGUGAUAAUUUAGGAGGAAUAAGCAUUGAGGAAUCACAUCGACUUGUUUAUGCUCAAGUGUUAUCUUCUCAUGCCUUAACUUGGCAAAUUGCUCCAAUCUAUCUAAUAUCUUGUAUGAAACAUGGAGUUGGCUUGUUGGAAAUCUUGUUGUACAAGCAGCCUGUAUAUCAUAGUCAAGUUCUUCUCAAGAACAUUGAGAUAUGUCGUAUGUAUGACCUUGAUAAUGUGAGCUCCAAUGCUAUGAAGAUUGCUGGAGUGCAUCACUGGAAGCAUGGCAGGAAAGGAGCUGGAGUCUUUUGGUUACAACAAGCUCAGGAUGAAGUACAUCUCAAUCAAAUUGCUCAAAAGUUGUUCGACUUUGUUGGGAAGUCAAUCUCCGAUGAGAGUUUUGAGCAAUGGGAAGGAUUAAUUGAAUUAUUGGGCUCCGAAUCUAGAACUGCAGGCGGUCUUGAGUUCCUUCACAAGUAUCGGGACUUCAAAAGAUCUUUGCAGCAGGUCCAAGAUGGCACUUUUACUGAUGCUGCCCGAAAAGCUAGUGAAGCUCUUAUAUCGCUUAUGAAAAAUCCUUCUACGCCUCAACGAUUUUGGCUGCCUCUUUUGUUUGAUUCAUUGAAGUUGCUCAACUGGCUGGAGCGUCCUCUGCUAAAUGUAUCUCAGACUAAUCUGCUAUUGAAUAAAUUGCAAGAAUUGUCUAUGGCAAAGCUGCGGCCUGAUUUUGUUGAGGUAGGGCUGCCGCCACAGGCCCUGAGCUCUGUCAGGCUGGCUCUUGCCACUAAUUUAGGGCGUGCUAUGCUUGAGGAAUGAUCUGUUCUCACAAAAUGUCAAGCGGUAAAGUAAAGAUUCUAUAGAGGCCGACGGCAUAUUUCAUUUGGUUGCUGCUGUAAAUUUCUUCUUAGAAGAAACCGUAAUACAUCUUCCUGAAUCAACUAGCAAACGUAUAUCCAUCCAUCUGUGGAGUUGUGGUCGAUAAGAACGCUAUUUGUGUAAUGCCUUGAAGUUUGGGUUGUAAAAAUAUAUCUUCAUUGGUUGCUUAUUCUGCAAUACUAUGUGAAGUCUAUAUUUUGCAACUAUUUCUUGAUAUUCUAGCGUUUGGUUUCAGGUGUUACCUUGAUAUUUUGUAGAAUAACGAAAACCUGAAUAUCAUAACAUGUAGAACGACCAUUAUAAGUUGCGUAAUUUAUAAAGUUUCCAUGCGCUGCA